AUGAUUGAAGCUAAAAUUGAUGAGACCAAUGAGUUGAUUCACAAGUUAAUUGACGAAGUUUUCCCAUCAGUUUAUGCAUCUUUCGAUGUUUUGGAUAAAAGGAUACGAAGACUUGAAGAAAAAAUGCUGGGACAAGAAUUUGAUAGCUUGAAAGAAGACGUUAAACAGAAACGAGAUGAUGCACUUGAGAUCAAUGAUAAGUUAAGUGGCUUACUGAAAGAUUUGAAAAAGCAACAAGACAAAGAAUUAGCUAAUUCAGAUGAAACUGAUAUCAAUGAUGAAGUUCAUGAAGCUCAACACAAAGAAGAUGAAGAAACUAAAGAAGUGACAAAUGUAUUUUCAGAUGAUGUGCUAUCAAUGAGACAACAAAAGAAGAUUCUUAACACAUUAUCAUGUAAUUAUCGAAUAAAUAGCAUCGAUGAUGUUACUAAGUUCUUUGAUAUUCAAGAUCUUCUAUUCGAAAUAACGAGUGCUGAGUAUCAAAAGAAACAUACUCAAGAUUUAAUAUACCCCGAUCUACAACUUGAAGGGGAUUGCAUCAAAAACUACUUGAUAGAUAUUUUCAAUUUCAAAUAUGAACACCACGUUCCUGAUAGUUUCAUCAUACGAUACACGAAACUGAAACUCGAUGAUUUAGAAAGGGAGAAUCAAUUGAGUGAGGAAGUUCAGUACAUUUUUGGUAAUGAUUAUUUCAAUAGUGUUACCGGAUUUAUCAAUUGGGAUGGGUUAAUGUUAGUCAUAUAUCGUUAUAAAUUCGAAAAUACCAAAUCCUACCUUUCAAGCUGUAUUGAUAUGUUAAGUGAAAGAAACCAGAAUAUCAGUAGACCAGGGUCUAAUUUCACUAAUCUUACCAUUGUGUUUGAAUUGAUUUUAUCCAACUUGAAGAACAUGAAAUUAAAUUGUAGUGGAGCCUUCAUUUUAUUGUCCAAGAUCUAUAAUAAAUUCACCGUUGAAGUAGAAUAUCUCAAAUUGUUCUUACCAGUAUUUGAUCUUGGGAAGUUUCAAGACAUCUGUGAUAUAGAAUUAUAUUCUCAGGAAUUAGAAGUCAUGAACUUCACUUUACCUGAUCAGUGGAAAGAUUUCUUGGUCACAGUGAUCUCAAAACUUAAAGAUGAUGGCAAUGAAAUCAAACAUAUCUUCUUGGAAGAUCUAAAACUUUAUUUACAGAGGAAACCAAUCAAAGUAACCAUAACGGGGGAAAUGGGUAUCAAGUUGAACGUUUAUUGUAUCAGAUUCUCCAAAUUUUGGGAUGUUCAUCAAUUCGAAAACCUUUUCUUCUUAUUAUAUUACAAUAACAAUAUUGACAGAAUUCUUGAUUUAGAGAAAUUGAAAUACUAUAAGUAUUUGAAAUAUGAGUUGUUGGAGUAUUUGAAUUUCAUACCUAUGAUUUUGAUAUUUGUCAUCUAUGAAAUCUUCAAGACGGGAGGACAAGAUUGGGAUUUAGAUGUUUUAAAUGACGAUUUAUUGAUAAUUGCAUCGAUUUUGAUAACAAAUUUGAAAUUCAGAAAUCUCCUUGAAGCAUGUUUAUUCGUAGUAUUCAAUGAAUUGGAUUAUGAAGAGUAUUUGAAAGGUAAGAUUGAAAUCGAAUCAAUCAUGUUCAAAGUCAUGGGAGAUUUGAUAGUGGAGAACAUUGAUUUGGUCAAACAGAUAAUAUUCAAUCACUUUGCUGACUUAGGAAUGGCAAGACCAUAUACAUGUUUGGCAAGUUUAAGGAAUCCAUUCAAGCAAAUGAUCGAUAAGGAAAAGAUUGAACGUUUUAAGUAG